AGAGAGGUCUGCCAGGUACACACACUCCACCGUACAGUCACCUCGAGAGAGUUAUGGCCGGCAGGUGAGUCAGCCACACAGCCAAACACUCUCACACAUCGGCCAGGGCAUCACAUCAAAUCGGCCAGCAGCCGAUCGGAUCGCACCACAGGCACUCACACCCACAGGCAGCCAGCCAUGACGACGGGCGGAUAUCUCUUCAUACACACACAGACAGGGGGAGGGAGUGGUAUGCGCUGUAUCUUGAAGAAACAGAUCCGCUACAGAAAGGAAUAACGACAGCCAGCACUCCCUUCACCAUCCUGACGACAGACACGCACACAACUGCAUGACGGAAGGCAUGGAUCGACUUUGCGAGUGGAGUGUCUGUGGCGUACCCCAUUUGACAGAUCGAUCAGCCGCCGGACGUGCCGCCGCCCUCCGCCUCAGCUGCGACACCGUCACCUGCCCAAGGCACACACACACACACAAAUGAAUGUGAGGCAGGUCCACGUGAGGGCUGGGGUGUGUGUGACUGUGUACCUCCACUGCCGUCAUCCACACCGUCACCCUCAUUGCCGCUGCCAUCGUCGAAAUCUAAACGCCACACACACACAGCGGGAAGGCACAUCUUCCAUCCAUCCAUCCAUCCAAGUGUUUACCAUCGUCGCUGUCGUCAUCUUGCUGUUGCUGCUGCUGCUGGUGCUGCUGCUGGUGCUGCUGCUGUGGCACUGGUCCGUCGAAUAUGAACGGCGCCACCGCCCCCAACGCCACGCGAGCCAACUGAGUGGUGACGGGGAAGCGGUGCUUGAACAGACCACCCACACAUGCAGCCGCCUCAGUCGUCACGACACGCACGUCCACUACACACAAGGGAACAACAACAUGCGACGUAUGACUAGCAGAACUCCCUCCCUCUGUCACGCUGACCGAUGUUAUUUCCUAGGCACAAGUGCCGAAUAUCAAUCAAUGCGACGAAGGGGUGGCUGCCAUCGCUCAGCACCAGCCAGCGCCCAUAAAUGUCCCGGCUCAGUGUGGUCGUGCAGCCGGCCACCGGUGUGUGUGGGGACUGCAUCAGUAGGUCGUCCAGACGACCGCCACCAACAGCUCUGAACCAACCACAUCAACAAACGACUUGUGGUAUUCCCGUUUCGACGCAUUUGAUGACAUUGGGUUGGUACCUGUUGAGUAGAGUCGUUGUGACAUUGGUCUGGUGAGUAUUGGUGAAGACGCUGAGGAUAUUGAGCUUGGCGAACGAUGAAACAGACGCCUCGGCGAUCCCCAGGCCACCGCUCGAUACCCACCCAUCGGUCGAAUAGUACAUGCGGCUGCGCACCGGUGGGUCGUGUGGCUGCCGGUGCCGCCGGGACAGGUCGCCGGCAGGGAGGGGCGGGUCGACCUGCAGCUCGAAGCCGGGCUCGUCGACGAUGGUUCGCACCUCACCGUUGCCGUGCUGGAACAGCUGCAGGCAGCUGCCGUCACUGAAGUGGAUGUGGGGGCCGACCAUCUUGAGCUGCGCCAACACACGGGGAGCCGAAACAUACGCCUACACACACGACCACACACAGACAGACAGAGAGACAGAGAGAGUGAGGCCCUCUCCCUCCCCUCCCCGCCCGUCUGUUUGCCGGCUCACCGUUUUGUUUGUGUGUGCGUUGAUGUCAGCCCCACUGAGGGUCACAGGCAGCUCACAGUUGCCGCACUGCCCCGCCAGCUCAAUCACGUCGCCCAUCUCGCCCCAUGGCCCCUCCUCCACCACACACACAGCCGCCAACAGAUCAUGUGUGCCGAACUGGUCGGCUCGAACCGCAGCAGCCGCACUUGCUGCCCAUUCACAUUCGCCCGCCGCAGCCCCGCCUGUGAGCCCAGCGAGUGGCGGAGCCGAUCUCUCAGCUGGGCCGCUCCGAAGAGCUUCCUGAGCCAGGUGCAGGUGGCCCUCAGCCGCACGACGUCCUUGACGCUGAGGAGGUAGCGGCUCCUCCGGCCCACACACAGGUAUGACACGGGGUGCUGCUGCUGCUGCUCGUGGUGCUGCAUGGGAUGUCCAGAUGGGCCAAGACGGUCAGAUGAGUGAGGCGGUGGUCGACGAGAGAGAGG